ACGUCUGUAAAGGUGUGGGUUCGUUUCCUGACCCUUUCCGCGCGUGCAGCAUCAUCUCCUCUCAGGCUGUUGCAUCCUCCUGAGGGACCGUCGGCGCUCUUCACAGCCUGCACACUACACGCCGGUCUCUGAUACGCAAUCUGGGUAAUGCCACUCAUUCAUUUGCGAGCUCGGAUGUGUUGUAUUGUCUCUCACAGCGUACACGCGGCUGUUCGCAGGGAUACCUCGGAAUUACAGCCGCAACAAAUGAUGAUGUGACAGCCGUCCGUUCAGAUAGAUAAUAAAAGCUCGCCGUGCAGUGGACGCUGCAUUUCUGCUAACGAAGCAAAGCCUCGGACGAGCCUUUCCCAUAUGAACAGAUACAGUAGUGUUCACUACUGACAAGUCAUUUGGAAUAAUACGCUGCACGCUUCUGGGAGGAGGAGAAACGGGUUUAAAGAGGAUCUAUUGGUAUCUACAUUUUGGAUGGCUUGAAGAAACUGUACAGUUGAGCGUCCGCAACCCAUGAGCCGAGUGUCAGGAGAAGCAGCAGUACAAACUCUCUGUGGCCUGUCGUCCCCUCUGCUCUCUUCUAAUGGUUUGAUGGAGAUCUGGUCGGAUGACAGCUGGAACUGUUGUCAUAACCGGAGGAAUUCUCGCAACAGUGAUACUCCUGUGUAUCAUUGCAGUGCUUUGUUACUGUAGACUCCAGUAUUACUGCUGUAAGAGGAAUGAGUCAGAAGGGGAGGCGGGCUCGGUCGGAGAUCCUCAGCCACAGUUCGCCUGCAACGCAUGCAGCGCUCCGGGAGUGGAUGGGGCGGCCGUCACACCUCUCUCUCUGCCCUACGACCCCGCUCCGCCUCACAGCUACUGCCCGACUUGCUCGCCCUACUACCUCCGUGGCACGGAUGAGAUGCGGAAUGGCGGAGAACGUCUGUCCUACAUGCCCACUCACUACGAGAACCAUGGCGCCACUGCCCUUGGUCUGGCCGCCAUGUACGGCCCCGUGCUGAGCCAUCGGAGCACGCCGGACUUUUACACCAAUACACGAGCCAUCAGCACUGACGUCUGACCCUCACAGACCCUGGAGAUGGACCCAGGGACAGAGCCGCCUCUGUGGACCAGAGCAACUGGGGCAGUUACAUCUCCUCGCGCCAAGAGUUAAAAAGACCUACGGGAUGCCAUGUUAUUCAUCCACACAGGUCUAAGGCCAUCUUUAGUCUUCCAUCGUGUUUUGUUUUACCUGCUGUUUACCUCUUCUUCUUGCACAUCCCUCCCUUUUGUGCUUUGAGGGCCGUGACGUCAUAUGACAUGAAGUGUUUGUGGAGUUUUUGGCCUUUUAAUGUUUUAAAGGUUAAAUGCAAAUAAGGUAUUUUAUUUAUCUGGAAAAGUCAGAUAAAGCAUAUAUUAUAGUCAGAAAAUCGAAAAGGAGCAGUCAACGGAAGCUUUUUAGGCUCAUCUCAAGUAUUCUGUUGUUUAUCGUAACAUAAAAGGCAAACAUUCCACACAAAUUUUGAUAGCUUUAAAAAAAAGUAUCUUUGUUGAAAAGAGCAUGACAUUUAGCUUUAUCUAAAUAUCCCCCGAUAUACUGAAUCUUUAUCUUUGAAAAACUUAUUUUAGGAUGGGAAAUGAACCAAAAUGUGAUUGUGUUCAUGUGUGUUGAACUGUUGGGAAAAUGUUAAAUGAAUUACUGAUGGCAAUUAUAUUGGUCAUAUUUGAAUAUAUGUGUCACAUUCACUAAAGUUCACAAUGGCACAGAGUGUUGACGGUUAAAACUGAGGUCGGAGUUAAAAUGUUAGUUCUCCCUUUUUUGUCCAUAUCUACUACAUACUACAAUUAAGAGCUUUUAAAAGUAGCGUUGCCGAAAUCUCCAGUGGAAUAUCAUUUUUAAAUUUUUAUGCAGCAUUUUCAAAAAAAUCUUCUGAAAGAGACUGAAAGGCACUGAAAGAAAAUGACUGGAAAAUAUUGAAAACAUUUCAUUAUCUUGUCCCUGUUUGUAUGAUAUUAUGGCAGUGGAAACGAUACUUAUAGAAACAAUAGUUUCCUUGUCUUUGCAGAUGUGUUUAUGUGAAUUAUUAUAUUUUCUCACAUACUUGUUUCAGUAGCCAUUGGUUUAUGAACUGUGCAUUCUGAUGUCUGUGUUCACUUUCUCUGAAACACUCUUUGUUAGUAACUGGAUCACAUUACCAAUCACAGAAUGGCACUUCUGUUUUACAUGUGAAUACUUUUUGGCAAAAAUGGGAGAAAAAAAAUAAAAUGUAAAAGUAUAUGGUUUAAAUACUGAGGGGAAAAAAAGAGUAGCCUAUUGUCCACAUAUUUCACAGAAUGCUUUUGGUUAUAAUUAAGCAUUUAUAAAUGCCUGUAGACUUUUAUAAAAUUGGUCAAUUGUGAUCAGAGUAAUAAAAGCCAUUUCACAUCUAUACAAAUACAUGUACAUAAAGAUCAAAUUAUUUCAAUGAUUGAAAUGUUUCCUGUCAAGUCUAUAUAUGUCUGUGUCUAAGAGAUGACUGCCAAUGCUUUAUUCUUUUAUUUCUGUAUUCAUGGAGCUGCUUUGGCGCUUAUUGGAUUAAGCGAAACCAUAAAAAAUUGUAAAGUCAAACAUUUUUAAAAACAAUUUCACUUUUACUCCCCAUUUCACUGAACACAUGUCGACAUUUUGUGACAAUAUACCGCAAUAGCACAUCU